CACUCGACUUCCGUAGCCAGUAGCCACUGAAUAGAAAGCAUGAUAAAUAGUGAAAACAUGUGGAAGGUGGUGUACACAGUCGCGAUACAAGAUCAUAAUAGUAAUUUUAAAGAAUCGGCUCAGUUUUAGCAGGGAGUCAAUAUCUGGAAAGGUGCUGCACCUCGGAAAUAAGCGUUUGUUCACUUAUCAAAAUUAGCAUCACUGGCUAACAAAACAUCUGGGUAACGUUAUUGCUCAGAAGGUAGCAAUCAUACACCGCCAUUUGACCAGGUGAUAAAAGGCAGCUGUCCUCCCUGAGUCUGUCCUGCUGGUUAUGGAUGAUUUGGAAAGAGAGCUAGGGCCUCCUGAAGACUUAGAGGAUGACAACUACUCUUCAGAGGACACCUCUUCAAAAGGAGGGAGAAAAUCCAAGCUCCCUCUGGUUAACCACAUGUGUGUAGAGACACAGAGGGAAACUGGGUUUCACCAGAGUGCCAGGACAUGUCUGGAGCUCAUCAGAGAAGCCAUGCUGCAUCAUAGGUGGCAAGAGGCAGCAGAAUAUAUGGCAUGUUACCCCCAAAUAUUAGAGGACUUAACUAACGGCAUUAGGCAUGAGUAUAAAGAGCUUAUUUGGAGACUCAGCACUGAGAUCCUUCACCAUCACCCCAACUCAAAGCUGGAGGACUACAACAACAUCUAUGAGCGAAUGAAGCAUUCAGGUGUUAAGCAUUAUCUGAUGAUCAGUCUGGAGCAUUCCUUCCACCUGCUGCUCCAUAGUCACAUUGAGGAUGCAAAGCGUCAGCUGUCUGCUGCUGAAAGUUGGAGGUACGGGAAGGAGUCAGCGGCUCAGUAUCAGAAGACUAAACUGAUCCAGGCCUACAGGAGCCUGCUGGAUUAUAUCAUCUGGUGUGACAAAAAGUCCACACACUCCAACAGUGACUAUCACAACUCUGGUGACAACCAAGAGAUGCACAACUACUUCAGACAGGCCUCUGUGAAUCUGAGGGAGAUUUUGAAAAAUCCUGGAGUCUGGGAUCCCUUCAUAGUGAGUUACGUUGAGAUGCUGGAGUUCUAUGAGGAUCACACUGAGGCUUUGAAAGUCCUGAAUGACUACGCCUAUGACAACAGUUUCCCACCCAAUCCCAACGCGCAUGUCUAUCUGUACCAGUACUUAAAACGGCAUGAUACUUCAGAGAGGAAACUGAUGAAAGCGUUGAAGAUGCUCCAUGUUUUAGUCCCGAGCCAUGAGCUGAUGUUAGAGUACAGCUCUCUCCUGCUUCAGUCAGAGAGAAAAGGUGAUCUCCAAAAAGCUUUAGGAGUUGUUCUGGAGAUGCUGGACUUUGCGUGUUGGAGGAGCAACCUGGACGUGUGGAUGUGCUUAAAGGCCAUUAUUCAGAAACUACAAUUACAAGAAAACUGGAAGGAGGUCAUCCUCAGAGAAAUGGCUGGAAGAAAGGACUGGUGGCCUGCGCUGCACUUCACAAGCUUCCACGGCAGCAAAGACUCUGAGGGGAACCCAGAGCUGAUGAAGGUGAAGGCUUCACUGACUAAAAUCCUCUGCCCAGACCUAAAUCUUAAGUACAUUGCUGCAGGGGUAACCAGUGGAGAGUGGACUUGAGAGAGGAACACAAAGAGAAUAUCAAAUUGUGUCUUCACAAUUCACCAUCAAGAGCAGGGCUGAGUAUGCUGUCAGGAAACGACGGCAAAAAUCCAGCAAAGGCAGCUUGAUGAAGAACAGGAGUCGUCAUAGAUGCACUUUUUACAUGAAGUUUAUUGCUUUUCUUUUCGUGUGAUAAAAUAUUAUUAACCUGA